UAGUCUAAUGAAUGUAUUGUGUACGUGAGAAGUAAAAUGUCCUACGAUUCUUUUAAAAUGAUAAAUCUCGAGGAAACAUGUUGGUGGUGGCUGUGUGGAGCUUUGACCAGUCUUAUCAAUGGCAAACAAACCUGUGAAAUACUAUGUGGUGGACGCGUUCACUGAGUCAGCGUUCAAGGGUAACCCUGCAGCAGUGUGUUUGUUAGAACAAGAGAGGGAUGAUGAGUGGUUGCAAGCUGUGGCAGCUGAGUUCAACAUCUCUCAAACUGGUUACCUGACACGCAUUGAUGAGGCCUCUAAUCCCCGUUUCGGCCUCAGAUGGUUUACUCCUCUUGUUGAGGUUAAACUUUGUGGCCAUGCUACACUAGCAGCUGCACACACACUGUUUUCAUCUGGUUUGGCCAAAACCAAUGUUAUUGAAUUUGUGACACUAUCUGGAAUAUUAACAGCCAAAAAGGUCCCAGCAGUCAAUGUUACUAAUGCCAACAACUUGCAAAAGAGUGAAGCCAAGGAUGGAUUUUAUAUUGAAUUGGAUUUUCCGGCUGACCCUAUUACAGAAUUCAACUCUGAUGUAACUACACAGAUUUCGGGGGCAUUAAACGGCCCUCCCAUAAUUGACAUAAAGAGGACACAAAUUGGAGAUAACUUACUGGUUGAAGUCACGUCCGGAAAAGAUGUCAUAGCAGUUCAGCCACAACUUGAUGCAAUAGUUAAAUGUCCUGGAAAUGGGAUAAUUGUUUCAGGGAUGGCUCCUCCAGAUUCGGGAUUUGACUUCUAUAGUCGAUACUUCUGCCCAAAACUUGGAAUCAAUGAGGAUCCUGUUUGUGGGAGUGCACAUUGUGCCUUAGCAUCCUACUGGAGCAAGAAGCUGGGGAAGUGUGAUUUUAAUGCUUAUCAGGCAUCACCCAGAGGGGGAGCUCUCAUUAUUCAUCUUGAUGAGGAGAACCAAAGAGUGCUAUUGCGUGGGAAGGCGGUCACAGUGAUGGAAGGGUGUAUUCUGGCCUAGGCCAAUUCCUAAAAUUGCAGAAUACAUAGUUGCUCCAAUCUCAGAUGAUAAGAGUUGUAAUUUGAGUACUGAACUGUUACGGUACACAAUAGUAUAAUACCUGGGUGUGCAGUAUAAUAAUUAUUUAUGAGUUGAAUAAAUUGGUCUGGUCUCGCUUUUGAGCAGACAUCCCCUUGAGGAGGAGUUAUUAUUCAUUCUACAGAGCGGAGAAAAAGUACAUUGAUGCUUGGAAAGGCUGUUACUGUUAUGGAUGGGUAUUUUCUGUUUGAACUUUUGUAUAAGAUUACAAAGUAUAAUAAGAGACCGUUUCAAUA